AAGUUGAAGAUAAGACAACACCUAAUAGCUAAUAAGAAAUGGGUGGGGGAUGGGGAAGCAGAUCAAUUCUUAAAAGUCAGGGACAAAAGGUUAAUAGGGUAGCUUUGGUAAUAUAGAUCUGCAGAAGGUUGCCAAGCAGGAUAGCACCAGGGAAUAUACACAUGGUACGGUGCACUGAAUGGCGCUUAAGAUAUACUCCCUAGCAAAUAUCAUAUAGGAGGGCAUGACAAGAACGAUUCACGGUCACAUGACAUUCUGGUUUUAUGGCACUUGGCACUAAUUGUAGAGAUCACCAUACAUAAAUCACUGUACUAUACAUUUACAUUUUCCAACAUCAACAGAAAAAUGUCUGCCCACUCAGUUUCUGCCAAGUAAGAAUUAAAAGAGGGUCAGGAGGUUUAUGGCUAGUUUGAACAUUUCUAGAAGGUGAAAACAAGCAGCAACAUUAUAUUUCUACCAAGAUAGGAUUCUUUCUAUCCAAUCCAUGGUGCAAUGAUGUCUUCAGGUAAUCUUCAAGUGUCACUUAGCUACUUUUCAUGAUGUCAGCUGGGUGAGCUUCGUGGUCUUUCAGGGUGGAGGGAUAAAUAUAAGUGUCAAUUCAUUGUGCGUCUAAGGUCAAGGAAUAGUUCAAUGGUAUAGUUCUCCAUUAGGAAAGGUCAAGGAAUAGUUCAGUGGUAUAGUUCUCCAUUAGGAUGAAUACAAUCAAACAAAUGCACAGAGUACUUGAUUACUGUGUGGAAAGCUUAAGCUUUGGUGAAACAAAGAAAAGGGUUUAAUGGGAAAAGGAUGUACGUUGUAGUUUUCUUCUUUCUCAACUAGUUUUGUCAAGUGCGGUCUACUGAAGGAUGUAGACCAUACUUUCUAUUCACGAAUCAGAGACCUCUACAAUUUUUGUGUGGUUUCCACUAAGUAAUUCAUUUUCUGAACCCCAAGCCCAUGUGUUUAAACGGUUUCAUGGUGCCAUUUACAUACAGGAACUAGCUAAUUAAAAAAAAACCCACCAAUCCAAUUAUAUCAGAUACUAGCAUUUAGCAUGUGGCAUGCAUAGAAAAACAUUCAAUAAAAGGUUGGGGCUGGUGAUGAGUCAGUGCCCAGGAGUUCCACAUUAAGUCACAAUUGGCUUUGUGCUGGAGAGCUGGAGCGUAUGUAUCAUUUGGUGUAAUCAGGUACAGAGGAGAACAAGAGCUUCUUGUAAUAACAACACAGCACCUGAUCAUCACCCAGCUGUGACUGAAGAGGACUUCUGUAAUCCCAGACCAGAAGUGUAGCCUUGUCCUGAUGUCCAACCAUGAGAAAAUGUCCACAACAGAUUUGAUGGAGAACCUCAGGGAAGAGCUGACCUGUUUCAUCUGCUUGGAUUAUUUCAGCAGUCCAGUGACCACCGAGUGUGGGCACAGCUUUUGUCUGAUGUGCCUCCUCAAGAGUUGGGAGGAGCACAACACACCUUUAUCUUGUCCUGAAUGCUGGAGGACUUUGGGAGCCCCACAUUUUCAAGCCAACGAGCGGCUGGGGAGACUGGCUAAUAUUGGCAGACAGCUGAGAUCGCAGGUGCUGCAGAGCGAGGAUGAGCAGAGCAUCUGUGGGAGAAUGCCAGGGCCUAGUUGGGUGUUCUCUGACGAUGAGCAGAGUGUCAUUAAUGUCUCACCUCCAAGUCAAGGGACGAACAAGGCGUGUUUCUCAAGUGAGGCUGAGGAGCAGCACAAAGAAAAACUCCAAGAUAUCAUAAAUAUUUUACGGAAAAAGAAGAAGGAAGUUCAGGCCAUCCUGAACCAUGAGAAGGAACGAGUGAUGUUGUGUAAGCAGGAGGAGACAAAGACUUGUAAGCAGGUCGUUGUGUCUGAAUACAUGAAGAUGCACCAGUUCCUCAAGGAAGAGGAACAGCUCCAGCUCCAGCUCCUGGAGAGGGAGGAGAAGGCGAACAUGAAGAAGCUGAGGGAAAAUGAGAUCCAGCUGACCCAGCAAAUCCGCCGCCUCGGCAAAAUGAUUGGGCGGAUUGAGUCUACCUGUCAGAACUUGACGUUAGAAUCUUUUGAGGAAGUCAAAGGAGCCAUGGAUCGGUAUGAGUCCCUGUUGUUUCAGUCUCCAGAGACCACCAUCACGGAACUGAGCCUGUGUCACAUCACUGGGAUGAGGGAGAUGCUGCGAAAAUUCAGCAAUACUUUGGGGAUAUUUGAGUGGAAACUGAAUUGGAUUGUACCUCUGAGAUGGGAAACAUCUUUGUUCAAAGAUGGGGCAGAUAUAACUCUAGAUCCAGCCACAGCCAAUGCUUACCUGCUUUUGUCCGAAGAUCUGAAAAGUGUGCGGUAUGGAGGGACCAGGCAGCAAUUACCUGACAACCCAGAGCGAUUUGAUCAGUCUGCAACUGUGUUGGGAGCUCAGAUCUUCACCUGCGGGAGACACUACUGGGAAGUGGAAGUGGGAAAGAAGACGGAGUGGGAAGUGGGGAUCUGCAAGGACUCUGUGAACAGAAAGGGGAAUCUCCCCAAACCGCCCGGGGACCUCUUCUCACUCAUAGGCUUAAAAAUUGGCGACGAUUACAGUCUCUGGGUUUCAUCUCCCCUGAAAGGGCAACAUGUCCGAGAACCCGUGCAUAAAGUUGGUGUGUUCUUGGACUAUGACUCUGGACACAUAGCCUUCUACAAUGCGACAGAUGAGUCCCUCAUCUACAGCUUCCCUCCGACCCCUUUCCAUGAAGCUCUCAGACCUAUCUUUUCCCCUUGUCUUCCGAAUGAGGGGACGAAUACAGACCCUCUUAUCAUCUGCCACAUCUGAGGGACAUGCCCUGAGCCUUGAGCAAAGACAAGGCCAAGGAGCAGCCUAGUCAUUAACGUGGUUACUGUAUUCAAAGACAUCACAUAUCAGAUUACCCCGAACAAAAAAAAAAAAAAAUCUUCCCUCUCCCCAAAGACUUUCCACAAACCCAGUUGUGCAAUGAAGAGCCUACUAAAAAUCUAUUCAGCACCAAGAAUAGAAAGAUGAUACCCUGCCUUUAACCCAGUUGAUUAUCUGAGCUAUGCUGUGUGUGCUGGCCACUUAACAAACAGCGUUGUCACUGUCCAUUCUUGCCUGUCAAUCUGUCAUAGGCCAGUUUUAUAAAUACAUGGCAUUUUUUUUCA